AUGGCGACGGAGCAUAUAGUCCGUACCGCAGACGAAUACAAUGUCGAGCUAUUACCUAAUGACAACGAUGCGCCGCCGCAUGAAUCGUCUUGGCGUCUCAGCCUCGAGACUUUCCGACUUCCUUCUUCACCGUCGUCCACCGGCCGUCAUGACGGCCGUACUCGUUUUUCUCGCUAUUUUCGUACUCCGAGAAAGGAACGUAAAGUCUCUGAAUACUACAAGAAGCAAGAGAUGCUCCUCGAGGGCUUCAAUGAGAUGGAGACUAUCCACGAACCCGGUUUUGCAUCUGCAGCCCCAACUGAGGAAGAAAUGAAGAAGCUUGCCAAGAGUGAGAGACUGGCAGUUAACAUCUCUAACGCAACAAAUUUGGUACUUUUUGUGGCAAAAGUUUAUGCCUCUAUGGAGAGUAGAUCCAUGGCUGUGAUUGCUUCAACUUUGGACUCUCUCUUGGAUCUCUUGUCUGGCUUUAUACUGUGGUUUACUGCUAAUGCCAUGAGAAAACCAAACCAUUUUCACUACCCCAUUGGCAAGCGACGUAUGCAACCUGUGGGCAUCAUUGUGUUUGCUUCCGUGAUGGCAACUCUUGGGCUGCAAGUUUUGCUAGAGUCAGGAAGGCAACUAGUCUCCAAGAAUGGUAUUCAUAUGAACAGCACAGAGGAGAAAUGGAUGAUCGGGAUCAUGGUCUCUGUCACCAUCGUUAAGUUUCUACUCAUGCUUUAUUGCAGAGGAUUUCAGAACGAAAUCGUUAGGGCCUACGCUCAGGAUCACCUCUUUGAUGUCGUCACCAAUUCAAUCGGCUUAGCAACAGCCGUCUUGGCCGUCAAAUUCUACUGGUGGAUUGAUCCCUCCGGUGCUAUACUUAUUGCUUUGUACACCAUUGGAACAUGGGCAAGAACCGUACUAGAGAACGUCCAUUCGCUGAUCGGACGCUCUGCUCCGCCAGAUUUCUUGGCGAAACUGACAUUCUUGAUAUGGAACCAUCACGAACAGAUCAAGCACAUUGACACGGUAAGGGCCUACACUUUUGGGUCACACUACUUUGUGGAAGUGGACAUUGUUUUGCCAGAGGACAUGAGACUGCAGGAAGCUCACAACAUCGGAGAGACUCUUCAGGAGAAGCUCGAACAGCUUGCUGAGGUGGAACGAGCUUUUGUCCACAUAGACUUUGAGUUCACUCAUCGUCCUGAACACAAGUGUAAUUAG